AUGGACGUUCUGGAGAACGCAACCAUUGGAAUUGAGGUUGAACAUUAUCUCUCGAGACUUCUUACACCUAGGAAAGAACCUAACCUUGAAGCAAUCGGAGGUUUCCCAAUGACCUUGAAGAAGCUGAUGGAAUCGGAUUUUAAGUCAUUUGAAGAGCUCAAGAUAACCCCGAUAUUUGUGUUCCCAGGUCUGAGAACGGUAGAUCAGUUUGAUUAUAUCAAAGAGCCUGAACUACUACAACACGAAAUGAACUUUAGAAAAAUAUGGGACGAAAAAGUUGCAAGAGAGCAUUACAAUGAGAGUUUCAGAGAUUCCAACACACCAUUGGCUUUGAGGCCAAUCAUGGAUGACUUGAUGCAAAUCCUGGAGUCCAAGGGCGUGGACUAUAUCGUCGCUCCGUAUUUUGCAUGGAUUGAGCUUCAGUAUCUGCUGGCAGAGAACUUGAUACACUGCAUAUUUGGAUCAACAGAUGGCCUUCUGAUUGAAGGUAUAGAGAAGUUCAUAUUCAGCAUGGAAUUUGAAAGCAAGCAGUUUAAAUAUUUUGAAAAAUCUAGUGUGCUUCGAAAACUCAAUCUCAAUCCAAAACAAUUCAGAGACAUUUCUAUGUGUGUUGGGAACGGCUUUCAACCUUAUAACAUCAACAUCUUCCCCCAUAUCCCAUCGUCUCCAACGUUCCCGUCUCUCCACGAAUUCAUCCUUAAUGGGGGCUCGAUCUACAACUCUCUUCUUGCGUUGCCGAAUGGGGGCAGAUACAUGGAAAUAUAUCAGAAGGGAUGUGCUUCUCUUGACUACACCCCGGUGCUCAAAGUGAAUGGAAGAACCGAAUUGUUACAAAUGGAUAGUGACACAUCUUUCUUGUCGUCUGUGGCAGCUAGCCCUCAGACUCUCAAUUCUUCCAACACGUCUGCGGAAACGACACCAUCAGAACCUUCGAGACGGAUUCCGGACGACUUACAUGAGGUGAUUGGGCAGAGAUUACCGGAUGAGCUGUUUUUCUACCAAUCGAUAGGCCUUACGGCGUUCGAACUCUGUGAAACAUUGAUUCAUGGAACACAAGUUGAAAGACUACCCUUAGAUAUGUCAGUGACACCGUUGUACCAAAAACUUGUCUGUGAUGAAGAGUCUCUAGAGAUACGAGGUAAAACUCUAAACCUGUUUGCCAAUUCACUCAACAGAUACCACCAGUUCAAAAAACUGCGCCUGGAGACCGUUUUCAAUGGUCGCCAGGAGUAUGAACUCGUUCAAAGGAUGACUCCUCCCCUUUAUCUCAAGGUGAAACCUCUGCUUGUUAGACACACCACUGCCAGAUCAUUCCAGUUAGCAGCUUUUCUCUCAGGAAUGAGCGACGAGUUUUUGGAAGACAUGGUGGUUGCGAAAGCCGACGAAGAGGGCGCCAGAGUUUCUACUAGCUAUGAAAUAAUCUCCACGGGCCUGAUUAGAACGCUUUACAUCUAUGGAUUCUUGUCGGAGAAUGAUUUCAAACUGACUGAGUGGGGAAAACUCUUACCUCAUCUUUCCAAGUCGGUCAACGUGGAGAUGCUACUUCUGGUGCUCAUUUUCUUCAAGCGCUUUUCUGAGUUAAAGGCAGAUGAUAUUCUACAGCCCAACGAUCUGAAAACAGACAACAUGCAGUACAAAAACGCCGCGAUUUUCAUUUCCAAAAUACUCUCUCUCCAACCAAUGUCGAAGCUUAGUCCUGUCAAUUAUGUUUAUAAAGUCCAUAGGCCUUUGCUUCAGUUCAGAUCGGUGAUGGACAAACUGAAAUCAUACACCAAAGAUCUCGUGACUUCAAACAUCAUAGCUUUGGAGUUGUUAAAUCACGAUGACCUGGACAAAUUCCAACGAGACAAUAGAUCUUGGAGAAAACUCACGACGGAGAUUCCCUUCAGAAGAUCACUUCCGAACGUUCUUUUGGGAAUUGUAGCACAGGAAUUUUUAGAAACAUACCUUGCUAAUCUGGACACGGAGAAAGCGUCUGCUUCCGUGGAUCAAUCAUUAUUGAAAUCCGUCAAUGAGAAACCAUCGGCAGAGUUUUUGAACGGCUUGAAGUUUGUGAAGCAAGUUACUGUUCUAAUUCGCGCUUUACUACAAAACAAACUCAUAAAAGUGGACGAGGCAUUCAUUACCAUGAUCGAGACGAGCGAAGAACUUAUUACAAAAAUCGAAUCCAGCUAG